AUGUCUCCCCCUACGGCCGUCGACAUCCUCCCACGCCACCUCCAGUCUUCCGCAUCCGCCUCGUCCUCGUCCAACGCAAGUCCAGCCGGCACGCCUCCGACAGCCUCCCAACCAGCCCUCUCGUCCUCCUACACCCGCUCUCCAGCCUCGUCAAGCGUCCCCCUCCCCUCGCCAGGCGGUGGCACGGGCGCCCUCCCGCCGGGAUCCCCUUCGUCCUCCUCGUCGAACCGCUUCGGUCUCUCGCUCGGAUUCAUCCAGCGCCGCCCGCGCGGAUGGACGACCUCGUCUGCGCAGCGCAGCCCCAACGCACGCGGCAGCCCGAGCGCAUCACCCGCUACGGAACUCCCGCCUUCGCCCGGCGGAGAACGCCCUUCGAGCGGGUACGGCUUCCCUGCGCUCCGUCGGACGCUCUCGAAGCGCACGUCGAGUAAUAACGCGAAUGACGGAGCGAGGUCGAGGCAGAGGAGGAGCUCGUCGCAACCGCCCGUGCCGGCUCUCGGGAUUGUUCCGCCUGCAGGAGGAGAGGCGGCUGUAGGCACGAGCAGCGGAGAGUCGAGGACGGGAUCCGGCAACGCGGAGGCCAGCACGUCCGCUUCGCAGCAGCAGCAGCAGCAACCUCCCGCCUUUUCCCCUCUCGCCGCGACGACUUCGCUCCCGAACCCGCCAAAUCCGGGCUCGUCCACCCUUUCGCGUGCGGGCACUGCGCCCGACUUGUCCGCGACCGACUCGACGCAGGUGCAGAAGAUUCGUCUCGUCCCGCACCUCGAGUCGUCCCGCUCGCUCCACUUUGAGCCGAUCGAGCGCGACCUCGCCCCCUUCGCCAUCAUCCGCGUCGGGCGCUUCACCGAUCGCCACAGCCACCACGGCGGCUCAAGCUCGUCAAACACGAACGCCGCGCGCGGGACGCCGCAAGAACCUGCCCGGAUCGCGUUCAAGUCGAAAGUCGUCUCGCGCGGCCAUGCCGAAAUUUGGGUCGACGACCAGGGAAAGUUCUUCAUUCGCGAUACAAAGUCGUCGUCCGGGACGUUCCUCAAUCACAUUCGCCUGUCGGGACCGAAUAUCGAGAGUCGUGCGUCGCAGCUCAAGGAUGGGGAUGUGUUGCAGCUCGGGGUGGACUACCAGGGCGGAACGGAAGAGAUCUACCGCUGCGUCAAAAUGCGCGUCGAGUUGAACAGGGGAUGGCAGCGGCAGGCCAACAGCUUCAACACCGCCGCGCUCGCCCAGCUGCGCGCGCUCGGCGGCAUCCCGGACCCCUCUGCGUCCUCGUCCGGCACUCCCGCCAGCGCACCUGGCACCUCGGCGACCCCAGAAACCGCAGCCGCCGCAUCGACUUCGACAGGCGACGUAGCGAAGGCUUCCACGCCGACGCCUGCCGCCGCCACUCCUUCCGCCGACAACAACGCAGCGAUGUCGUCCAUUUCGGACUGCUGCAUCUGUCUCUACGGCGUCACAGUCGCCCAAGCACUCUUCAUCGCCCCCUGCUCGCACGUCACGCACUUUAAGUGCAUCCGCCCGCUCAUCGAGCAGAACUACCCCGGCUUCUGCUGUCCGCUCUGUAGGACGUACGCCGACCUCGAAGCGGACGUCGAGAUCGACCUUCCCGAACCGACGCCUGCGCCUGCCCCUCCUGCGCCCACAACGGCGGCCGACACGUCUGCCGAGACAGAGACGGGCGGACCGUUGACGGACGAGCCGAUGUCGCUCGAAGGCAGCGCACUCGGUCUCGCAGGCCGUUCGCCACCCAUGGCAGCCGUCGCAGAAGCCGAAGAGCCCGUCUCGCGACCUGGCUCGAUCCGCAGCGGCAUCGGUGCGCGGCCGAGCGCGAGUCGGAGGAGUAGCGCGCAGGCGCUCGCGCAGACUUUCGCGGCAGGCGAAGCGAGGGCUCGGAGCCGGCCUGCUUCGAUCGCGCCUGCUGCCGAGUCGCACAACGAGGAGGAAGAGGGCGAGCGAGAUGUCUUUGCGGAUGCGGAGGGCGGGGCGGAGGAGCCUUCGAGUGAGCCGGAGGAAAGUCAAGAGGGUUCGGUCGAGGAGGAUUCGGCGCCUCAGCAAGACACGCCUUCGCAGUCGACCGUCAAGCCCGCCGCCAUUCCUGCCUCUCGCCUCUCCCCUCCCGCUGCAGACGACUUGUACGCCUCGCUCGCCUCGGCAGCCACGCCGCCGAACAACACUUUCCUCUCGACUCUCGCAGACUCGUCCGCCCGCUUCGGUCUCACCUCGGCCGCCGCGUCGUUCUUCGGCUCGUCGAGGCCGCAUCAGCCGAGCAACCUCGCUGAUACUGGACCCAGUCGCGUCAGCUUGACCGGCAGCGGGUCCGGCACGAACGGCAGCGACUUGGAAGGCGACGACGGCGAGACGCAGGAAGCGGGUUCGUCUGCUGCCGAAGACGAGGUCGUCUCCUCGACGCGGCACAAGGGCAAAGGGAAGGGCAAGGCGAAGGAGGCCGAGGCUGCGGCGCCAGCUUCGAACGACCGCUCGCAGCCGAAGAAGGGUCGACGGAACAGUACGCUCUUCCCGCCGCCUGACAGCCUCGAACACCCCGACCCGUCCGUCGCCGCCGCACUCUUCAUCUGA